AUGUCGCGCGAGGCUUACCAGAUCCCCACAAGCCAAGGCAACGCCCCCGGCGCGGGCGGCGCAGGCGGGAUGGCGCGCAGUACGUUCGACCUCGAGGGCGCCACGAUAAACUACAUCUGCGGCGACUGCGGCUUCAAAUUCGCCCUCCGGCGGAGCGACACCAUCCGCUGCAAGGAAUGUGGUUGCCGUAUCCUGUACAAGGAGCGGACGAAGAGAAUGGUGCAGUUCGAGGCGCGAUAG